AUGGAUGUUGUUCAUGUGGACACUCAACAACCCCUUUUGGAAAACGCACCAGCAUCCCAAAAAGCUCCCAAAACACCAGCACAAAAGACAAUGAGAAAGGCCUUCAAGGGCACAGCACAUUUGACUAAGCUUCUUCCAACAGGAACAGUUCUCUUAUUCCAAACUUUGUCACCAGCUUUCACACACCAAGGCCAAUGCAAUACCCUAACAAGUAAGGCCAUGACCAUUGGCCUCUUAACCUUUUGUAGCCUCUCAUGCUUUCUUUUGUCAUUCACUGAUAGCUUCAGGGAUGAAAGGGGAAAAGUUAGAUAUGGGGUGGCUUCAUUCAAUGGACUUUGGGUUAUGGAUACGUCAGUGAGACUUCCAAUUGAUGAGGAAGCUAAGUAUAGGUUAAGGUUCAUUGAUUUCUUUCAUGCAUUUAUGUCAAUAUUGGUAUUUUUGGCAAUUGCACUCUUUGAUGGAAGUGUUGUGAGCUGUUUUGUUCCAAAGCCUUCUGAGGAGACCAAGGAGCUUCUUGUGGUAUUGCCUAUCGGGAUUGGCUUGGUGUGUAGUGUUCUAUUUGUUGCAUUCCCAAGCCAAAGACAUGGGAUUGGCUUCCCUCUCUCGCGCAAUUAG